UAUAAGGAAUACACUGAUGCCGAUAUAUCAAAUGUGUCAAUAUGUGGGCAUGCUGUUAACGAUGUUGAACAAGUUAUGGCGAUCUUGCUGCACGCAAAUAUAAUGUUUUCUUGGAUUUAUUUUCUCUUGGUGCCUUUUUACCUGAUUGAGCGGGGCCAUGGACAGUGCCUGUCAAGCGUGGACUUCCAGAGCCAGUGUGCUACCCCAUUUCUGCAGUGGGAGAGCGGGCCCUCCUUCGUCACCAACGUCUGCAACCCGGAUAACCGUGGUGUGAUUGACUGUAUCGAGUUCCACCGCGUAACUGAAUGCGGUAUAGACACCUCACAGGUCCAGACAAAUUACGAAAACUUCAUAGGAAACUACGAUUACAACAUCAAAUAUGCGUGUGAAUUAAAUACCGUUGAAGUGUGCCGCACGAUAUUGACAUGCGCGGAUGUUCUUCAGGCAUACGCCAACUCCACAUCGCCCCUCACCAUGCACGGUUUCUAUGACAUGCUCUGUAGCACAUAUACGUGUGCUUGGACGGCGAGGACAAGUUGUCCAGAGACGUACUCAGUUUGGGGACAGUCAUACAUCACGAUCCAGAGGGAGACGGAUUUAGUUCCACUACUUCCGGAACUGGAGAAGCAGUGCCCGCUUAUCAACGCUGGCGAUGCGACGUGCAUUAAAAGCUCGGACGCCAGUCUUGGCACGUGUCAAGUGGAGCUUUCAGUUAACGCCAAUUACUUAAUCGGAUGUGGGCACACAGACCAGACAGAAAUAUGUGUGGAAGGGUUGUGUGGGAGCAAUGCUAGCCAAUUCUACUCUCGCAUGUUCGACUUCUUACAGUGUGGUCAGAGAGGUGUUGACAAUUGCCAGCCGGCACCAUGUUUGAAUGGUGGUAGUUGCAGUGACCUUGUGGGCGGGUACAGCUGUGCAUGCGCAGAUGGAUUCUACGGGACUAACUGUGAAUCGGUCGUGACCUGUCCAGUCCCUAACAUUAUCAACAGUGUGAAGAUACCAGAUGUGCUGGCAAUUAACUACACCACAACAGUCGAGUAUACCUGUAACUAUGGUUUCAUGCUGAUUUCCGGUGACCGUUACCGGUUCUGUCGGGCAGACGGACUCCUGUCUGGGACACAGCCAGUUUGCUCAGCGAUUAUAUGCACUGUGCCGUCAAUUUCUAAUGGUGUGAAACAACCAAAUGAGGCGGAAGUUGCCUUCCUUGAUGUGGUCACAUAUACUUGUAACCUUGGUUUCACGAUGACCGGUAGCCAGACUCAAGUCUGUCAGGAAAACGGACUACUACCCCCAACUUGCUCAGCGGUGACCUGUCCUGUACCGACUUUAUUGAAUGGUGGAAAGCAGCCAAACGUGGAGGAAAUCGGCGUAAACAAUAAAGUGACAUUUUUCUGUAACGUGGGUUACACGUUAACUUCCGGUAAUGAGACUCGGGUCUGUCAGACCAACGGAUUAAUGAGUGGGACACAGCCAACUUGUUCCGUAUCAACAACAGUGACUUGUCCUGUGCCGACCAUUUCAAACGGUGUGAAGCAGCCAAACAUGGCGGCAGUCACGUACGGCAUUAGUGUUACGUUCAACUGCAACGUUGGUUACACUAUGGUUUCCGGUGAUAAGGAUCAGGUCUGUCAGGAAAACGGUGUCCUGUCUGGGACAUCACCAACUUGCUCAGUUGUAAGGUGCAUUGUUCCGGAUGUGCCUGGUGCCUCGUGGACCCCGGCUCAGUCUACGGUGACGUACGGAACCACGGUGACGUACACAUGUGACUCCGGAUACCAGUGGACUUCUGGCGACCUGAUCAGAACCUGUCGACAAGAUGGCUACCUCAGUGCCACAACCCCUACUUGCAUAGAAUUGAACGAAUGUCAGUUCAUUGUUUGUGAGAACGGGGGCACGUGCGAAGACCUGCUUAACAACAUACAGUGCACAUGCAAUGAGGCCUUCCGCGGUGAACGCUGUCAAACUCGAGUGAUGUGCACGCGCACCGACGAUGCUUACGGAAGUUGGCCGACUACCGCUGUCGGUGGAACGGCAAUCCUUCCAUGUCUGCUGGUCGUAGAGCUAGGGGGCUUUACCCGUACCUGCGGUGCAGCGGGCUGGGGAGAUGUACUGGAUGGAUGUAGCCUUGACAACAGCGUCCUGGAGCAGCUCGAGGGACAGAUAGACACUCUUGAUGAUUUGCCAACGGUGGAUCAUGUCAAGGAGUCUAUAAAUAACAUAACGAAAACACUUAAUGACGUCAGCAAGAGUGACGAUAUUGGCAGUAACAGUGACUACCUGGAAGAAACACUCGAGAUUCUGAGGGGAGUCACUGACUACAUCGAGAACAAGGCAGAUCUAAGACUCGUGACCGGCAUCGAGGAUAAAAUAACAAAGAACAUUCUUGAUACUGUCAGCAACCUGAUCGACGAGGAUGUACAUGAUUCCUGGAAAACCGUUAGAGACAAAGGACUUCAGGAUGAAAUAUUGCCUGGUCACGUGCUGGAAACGGUGGAUCGGUACCUGGCGGUGAUACAGGAAGUCACGUGUCCAAACUUGGCGCCAGGAAAUACCACACACCUGCAGAAACCUAAUAUGUAUGUUGAGAUAGGAAAACAAAAAAGCGACAUCGCGUUUCCAAACGGUAGAGUAACCGAGUCAACAGUGGACAUUUCAGAGUCAACCCUGCAGAAUAAAGGUCUCUCCAAUGUUUGCUUUGAUGGUACUCUCUACAACACUGUCGGUAACAUUCUCGACAAGGGCUUCUAUGUUAAUAGUUCUCUGGAAACCGGAAGUGACGUUUUGAUCGUGAACUCAGAGGUGAUUGGCGUACAGCUUUACAAUAUCGAAUCUGCAUUGUACCGUGACCUUGACCCGCCUGUCAAAAUCACACUGAAACUUUUAAAUAACGACUAUGACCAUCCAGUCUGCGUCUUCUGGGACUAUGAUAUUAUCUACAAUGGUUCCCGUCGUGGUGGAUGGUCACGUGACGGUUGUAGCCUGGUUUCCGUGGGCAACAAGACGGCCGUGUGUCAGUGCAACCACCUAACCAACUUCGCCAUCCUUAUGAGCCCGACCUCCAUUCCCCCAGGUCACGCCAAGGCGUUGGGGAUCGUGUCAGCUGUCGGAUGUGGCAUCUCCAUCCUCUGUCUCAUCCUCACCCUUGUUAUUCACGCUCUCGUCUGGAGACUGGUGCGGUCGGACAGGGCCAUUAUCACUUUGAACCUGUGCGUUGCCCUGCUACUGGCUCUGAUUGUCUUCCUGGUGGGCGUCAGCAGGACCGAGAGUAAGGCAGCAUGUACCGCUAUUGCCGCCAUUAUUCAGUUCUUCUUCCUCGCUGUCUUCUUCAUGAUGUUCCUGAUUGGCGUGGAGAUUUUCAUCUGUGUCGUCCACGUGUUUGUCACCAAGUUCAGGGUCAAAGUCCUCGUGCCGCUUGCAUGGGUUUUACCAGCAAUUAUUGUUGGUAUUUCGUUAGGGGUAACCAAGACAGAAGGAUACGGCAAUGAAAACUUCUGUUGGUUGGACAUCGAGAAUGGGCUUAUAUGGUCUUUUGUCGGCCCUGCCUUAUUUGUAAUUGUUGUAAAUUUUGUAAUCAUUAUUACAGUAAUUAAGAAAAUGGCUUCUUCAACCGUUAUGAAAUCAAAGGCUUUAAAAGAAAAACUUCAAACGGGCGUGCGCAGCCUAUGCGUGCUGCUGCCACUGAUGGGGGUCACGUGGGUGGUGGGCGUAAUGGCGGUUAACGCGGACAUGGUGGCGUUACACUACAUAUUCGCGAUAUGUAACAGUCUUCAGGGUUUCUUCAUUUUUCUGUUCCACUGCGUCUUGAAUAGGCAGAUUCGGGACGCGCUGAAACAACGGCGUAACAGGAAACGGAGCCUGCAGACAUUUAGCUCUGACAUGCGGAAACAGUCGAGAAGUAUUUCACAGGAUGCUGGUGGGUUAGACAAGGUAAAGAAUGGUGAUGCUGGCGGGGUAGCGAGUGGCAGACGGCGGGGCGACAUGGCCAAGGCUCCCGGGAAUGACUGGAUGCGCGAGGAACGCCGGAACUACCACCGCCACGUCCGCCUCACAAACCCCAGAAGUGCAUCAUUUUCUGCAUGAAAAACCUGCGAACUUUCGUAAACUUGUGAUAUUUGUAUAGAAGAUGUUACCUUGUGCCAUAUACGUGUGUAUGAACAUGUAUAAUUAAUAUGUUAACCUGUGUGGUACAUGUAACAUAGAAAGAAAAGGCUGAAAUGAACGAUACAUUUAAGAAACCUAGCUUUAACUUACAUAGCGUAUUAUAUAUAAUGCUAACUUCUGCUUUAUAUAGAGGAAUAUAGUUACCCAUGGAAUACAUAUAGAGAUGUUUUUGUUUCAUAGCACAUUUACAAGAAUGUGUUUGCCCUAGAUCGUUCACCCUCACACUGGUUC